AUAUUUCUUUUUGCACGAUUAUAGCGGAUCCUACAACGGUUUCUCCUGAAGAUGUUGCUAAGCAUGGAUCGUCUUGUGCACCAUCUGUCUUAAUUUACUUCAUAAAUAUGAUUCUGGGAAAGGAAACCGAUGCUCCUGUUGGGUGUGAUGUUUAUAUGUACAACAAUCAAAGAUUCAUUCAAACUAUUCUCGUCAUUGGAGCUUUGGUGUGUAUUCCCGUAAUGCUCUUCGGAAAACCGUUGUACAUCAUGAUUACCAGAAAAAAGAAACCUGGAGCAGCAAAUUUGAAAAACAAAACUAACGGAGAUGUUAAUCAAGGUAUGGAAUUGGAUGAAAUAUCUGAUAAUAAUGUUCAAGAGUCGGGAACAUCACAUCAUGCAAAUCACGAGGAGGAAGAAGCUAUGGGAGAAAUUAUGAUACACCAAGCUAUACACACAAUUGAAUAUACUCUUAGCACAAUUUCCCAUACUGCUUCCUAUUUGCGUUUGUGGGCUUUGUCCCUUGCACAUGCACAAUUGUCUGAAGUCCUGUGGGUACAAGUAUUGUCAAAGUUAGCUUUGAAAAUGGGUACUGGCUAUAUAGGAGUUCCUUACAUCUUCAUUGGCUUCUCUGUGUGGGCAGCGUUCACUAUUGCCAUUCUUGUUCUUAUGGAAGGCUUAUCAGCAUUUUUGCAUACGUUGCGUCUACAUUGGGUGGAGUUUAUGAGUAAGUUCUAUUCUGGACUUGGGUAUGCCUUUGAGCCGUUCAGCUUCAAGUUCAUCUUGGAAGAAGAAGACGAAGAAAACUAAAACCGCAUCACUACAUCGUGAUAUUUUUCUUCAGAAUAAUGAAUAGAAAGUAAUAUAUUAUACUAGUGUGAAUUGAA